AUGAGUGUGGAAUUGACUCACAACUAUGAAUAUAUUGCAGCUCAUAUCAAAGAUUACAUUGAAGAUAAUAAGUUCUUUGAUACAUUUGCAAAGGAAGAUAUAUGUAGAAUCAUGAAAAACGCAAAUCUAACGCCGAAAGAUUUCACUCUUCUUAACCAAUCCACAUCUGCAAUUAAACCAUAUGAGUUAUACGUAUGCAUUCGAAAUGCUAAAGUUUCGAUUAAAAACAGCAAAGAAGCAAUUUUAUUUCUUAAAUCAAUGCAAAAGUUCUUGAAUCUCCAAGUAUUAGAUGGUGUUAUUGAUUUUUUAUGA